UGAAACGUCAGACUACUGUCACUCAAAUCAAAACAAAUAACAAAAAGCAAAUAGUUUUCUGUUCAAUUCCAAAAUAAAUUACAAAUAAUUUUUAUAUUAUGGAAGAAGCGAAUACUCCUUGUUUUAAAAAAUCAUCUAUGAACUAUGUUCAAGCCGGUGGGAAGAAAAGAAUCUGGAAGUCUUUAAAACAAAUUUUGGCUACUGAAAAAUCAUUGCCAUGGCCACAAGACGCUGUUACAUAUAAUACACUUAACCCUCCACCUUCUUUUAAACCAGCCAAGAAGUAUUCUGAUAUUUCAGGUUUAAUUGCACCCUACACUGAUCCACAUACAAAACUUAAUUAUCAUAAUUCGGAAGAAUAUGCAACCGUUCGUGCCCUCCCUUCAGAUUUGACUGCCGGUUAUUUAGCUCUUAGAGGAGCUAGUAGUAUAGUUGGUUAAAUAAAUUAAAAUUCUAAAAAUAAGUUAAUAAAA